CGGCACAUGAGUAAAUACGAAUAGAGCUCUUUUUCAGCUGCAAUAGAAGCGAAGGCUAUCGUGGGAUUAAUGGCCCUGGAACCCGCUGUGUUAGAAUUCUCCUUGGCUCUCUUCAUUGAUGAUUUCUCAGUAGCGCUAUUGAAAUAUUUUGCGAAAGAGAUUACAGAUAGAUUUUUGUUUCCUUCAAAUGCAUCCAAUAAUUCUUCCUGGGACUGGCUUGAUUCUGGUGUACUUGGCUCGUUGUGGAUCUAGUUCAUUGCUUUUUUUU